AAACCACAUAUGCCCCUCAUAUUAACAUCUCUUCAACCUCCAACCAAGAAAUGCUCAAAUUUUAGUCCCACAAAAAAGUUCAAGAGUAAGCUCCUCUAAUGGCCGUAGGGGCUUUAAGGCCAAGCUUCCAUCUUCCUUGUACACCGAAAUCAAGUCCUUUUACUCCUCGGAUUCAACCAGAAUCCCUCAAACCCUUUCGCAAAAGAUCGUUUCGUUUCUUCGCAACCCCAGUUUGUUCUUCUGUUGUUGAAGAAGAACAGAGCCUCUCAUUCACUGAGCCUGAAUCCGCACUUGUUGAAGCUCUCCUCGGGAUUCAAGGGAGAGGCCGCGCUGCCUCGCCUCAGCAGUUGAAGGAGGUUGAAGACGCAGUCCGCGCACUGGAGGAAAUAAAAGGGGUCCCUGAACCUACGAGCUCGAGCUUGAUCGAAGGUCGAUGGCAGCUUAUUUUCACUACAAGACCAGGAACCGCGUCGCCAAUUCAAAGAACCUUCGUCGGAGUUGAUUUCUUCAAGGUAUUUCAAGAGGUGUGUCUUAGAGCAGAUGAUCAAAGGGUGUCGAAUAUUGUGAAGUUCUCAGAUGCAGUAGGUGAGCUUAAAGUUGAGGCUGCAGCAAGAAUAAAUGACGGGAAAAGAAUCCUAUUCCAAUUCGAUCGCGCAGCCUUCUCCUUCAAAUUUUUGCCUUUCAAGGUUCCAUACCCAGUUCCCUUCAAGCUUCUCGGCGAUGAAGCAAAGGGAUGGCUAGAUACCACAUACUUAUCUCACGCCGGAAACAUACGUAUCUCAAGAGGAAACAAGGGCACAACCUUUGUGCUGCAAAAGAAAACUGAUCCGAGACAAAGAUUGCUCGAAGCAAUAUCCGCAGGGUCUAGAGGAGUGACUGAGAUUGUAGAAGAGCUGGUCUCCCUAAGGAACAAUGAAGGCGAAGGAUACAAUGAAACUCUAGAAGGAGAAUGGCAAUUAGUUUGGGUUUCAGAGUCAGAAGAUCAAAGCUUGCAAACUAUUGCGGCUGGUGGCCUUGAAGGCUUGCAGGUUGUGAAGAAAAAUGGUCAGUUUGAGAACCAGGUUCAACUCUUUCCAGGUUUCAAGUACUGUGCAAUUGGAAAUAUCAGUAAAACAGUAGACGGAAAUACUUACAGUGUCUCCGUGGACAGUGGAUACGCUCUUGUCGGUGGACUCAGAUUUCCUGCGGAAGUCAAAAGCGAAUACACGAUGCAACUGCUAUAUGUUGACAACAAAAUCAGGAUAAUGCGAGGGGAUAAGGGUAUCAUUUUUGUUUACUUGCUUCUGCAGAAGGCCAGCAGAAACUGAAUUAUCAUACUCCCUUUAAAAGCCUGAAUACUGUGGUGCAUUGAUACGGUAUGACAAAGGAUCAAGGAAGAACAAGCAAAAGAAUCCAGAACUAAACUUUCUUGGCGUUAUACAUGGAAGAAAGAGAGAAUUCUUUUUUAUCGAUUUACUUGAGCGUUGUAAAUAUUCAAGAUAAAGUUUUAAAACACUAUUAUUGUGCUAUACUUACUGACUUAUCAUGAUAAUUGCCUGCCAUAAAGAUAUUUUAA